UACGUGCCCGCAUCGCGGAUCAUCUGGCAACAGCUGAGUAAACGCAUCAAAGGCUGAAAAGCGCAAAUAAAAUGGCCGUUCUGUGAUUGAUUUUGUUUACGAAGUGGCCAGUUGGUUAUGUUGUUCUUCUCUUUUAGUUCGUAGCGCGUAAACAAAAGGGCCAGAACUCUUUGUGACCACCCAUGGGCAACACCGGUUCGGGCAGCAAGCGUGACCGCGCCUAUUCAACGGACACGGACACGCCAUCGUCUCCGGGCAAAGAUGACCGCGCUUUCGAGUUCACAACGGGCGGCAGCUCGUCGCGCAAGAGCCGCUUCAUCUACCAGGCCUCGCUCGACGACUCGGACGACAUCCCGAGUUUCAGGAAGGGCGGCGACUCGGACAUGCGGCCGCGCGCCUCGACGAUGGAAGGCAGCGGAGGCGGCCAGCCAAAGGCCACGCUGCCCACCGUGUUCAAGUGGGAAGGAGGCGGCAAAGACGUCUGCAUCAGCGGCACCUUCACCAACUGGAAACCCAUCCCGAUGGUCCACAGCCACGGCGACUUCGUGGUGAUCCUGGACGUGCCCGAGGGCGACCACCAGUACAAGUUCAUGGUGGACGGACAGUGGGUGCACGACCAGAACGAGCCGACCGUGGACAACGACAUGGGCACCAAGAACAACCUGAUCAACGUCAAGCAGUCCGACUUUGAGGUGUUCGAGGCACUCGCCAUGGACAGUGUGGGCUCGGGCAGCGGCACGCAGAGCGUGUCCGGCUCGCCUCCGGGCGACUACGCUCAGGAGCUGCCGCAGGCCAAGCCCUACGAGAAGGCGACGGGACCGCCCGUGCUACCGCCCCAUCUAUUGCAGGUCAUCCUCAACAAGGACACGCCGCUGCGCUGCGAGCCCACGCUUCUGCCCGAACCUAACCAUGUCAUGCUGAACCACCUGUAUGCUUUGUCCAUCAAGGACGGCGUCAUGGUGCUCAGUGCCACGCACAGGUACCGGAAGAAGUACGUCACGACGCUACUGUACAAGCCGAUUUGAAAGAAAAACCCCCGCACGGCCAGUUUUUAACUGUGUCACGUAGCCGUAUACGAAUAGCCACAGUUAUAUCGUGCCCUCCUCUGCAUUAUCGAUAAUUUUGUUUCCCCUCUGUUUUGAGACGCUUCUUUCUUUUGGGGGGGAGCUUUAGGAUGUUAUAAUUGCCACUCACUUGUUGUGUUUAUUAAAGUCUAUUCGGUUGACUUACUACCGGUGAUGCAUUCCAUGACCUGUCCUCCAGAUGCCUGACUGUUGACGAUGACUCUUGCGUUCUAUCGGGCAAUAAUGAGAUCUCAAGUAUGACAUCGCCAAUGACUGUCUGUGCAUGCAUCGCACACAUGAGCUGUUGCAAGAUGCAUGGUAACUGAGGAGCUAAAUGUGCCUGGAUGUCCGUCCUAUCCUUGCACCGUUCAAUCCGACAAGCAUUACCGUAGAUGACGUAACCAAUGGCUGUUUUACUGUAGAAAGCGUCUGAUGUGUAAACAGUUUGGUAGAUAACUUAUAUCAGUAGGUCAAAAGGUGCCAAUCGACAGCAGUGUGUUCUGGCUAAACUGAUGCAAACAGUCGAUCAAACAUAUUUCAUGCUGCAAAUACACCUGAUUGAUAUGUAUGGUACCAAACUUGCUAUGCGCCAAGCUUCCAAAGCAAGUUUACUAUUAUAUGUGCUCUGCAUGGAAUUGUGUGUGCCUGGAAUAUAAAAGCACAGCAACUAGCCUGUGCCAUUGUGGUGCUUACCGCCAGCAUUAAAUGUAAUUGUCUACAACAUUUUUAUGGCCAUAAGAGAGUUGGCCAGAGGAGUAGGUUUGGUGGCUGGUGGUAGAUGUGCAUAGACGUAACAGCAGCAUUCCUUGCAUUUCAAGUGGGUGUUCUGGAAUGUAAAUUGACAGUAUGCAUCCCUUUGCAAUGUGAGAUGACCCGCCUAAAAAAAGACUGUGCAGCCCUCCUGCUUUUCCUGAUAAAGAGAGCUUUGUUAUUCAAAA